AUGCAGUACAAGACUCUCGCUGCUCUCCUUUUCGCUACCGCGGCUGUUGCUCAGACUACUGAGUCCAGCUCCGGCUCUAGCAGCGAUGACUUCUACAGUGACGACGGGUCGAGUGACGACUUCAUCGAUGUCCCCGUCCCUCCCAGCUCCAUUCUGGCUGUUUUGUCAACCGCUAUCCCAACUUCCUGGCUCAUGAGCAUGGAGACCGACGCGGCCUACGCUUCCGCCGAGUACAGCAAGAUCGCAGAGGGCACCUAUCCCGCAUGGUACAGCAGCCUCCCCGAGAGUGUCAAGGACUGGGAGACUUCCGCUGCUAUGGCCGAGGCCUCGGAGAUGUCUAGCCUCUACGGAAGCUCCAUGCCCACCAUGGGCUCCAUCACCGGCUCCAUGGGUUCUAGCACCGCCAGCAGCACAAGUGGAUCGUCUACUCCUCUCACUGGAUCCUCUGGCUCGAGCUCCAUGGUUACUUCCACCAUCACUACCACUACUACCUCAUCCACUUCCACUUCCACUUCCAACUCUGACAGCAGCUCCUCCGACUCUGCUUCCGCUUCUACUACUGGUGGCUCUUCCACCUCUACUGCUGGUUCCCCUGCUGCUACUGGCGGUAUUGCCAUGAGCCUUGCCGGCGCUGCGGGCAUCCUGGGCCUUGCUCUCGCUUUGUAG